UUACUUAGGCUACCAAAGUGCAUUUUAGCCAAGUAAUUCAGAAGUUCUUUCUUUAGAACAAGGCAACAAACAAUGAAUAAGGUGCAUUACAAAAAUGCCCAAUCUUGUCAUUGGAUAAUUAAGUGAAGUUAUGAAAGUUGCCCGGAAUGUUUGGCGUGUUCACUGCCAUUUGAUGUGUCUUGUCUUUGCAGUGUGGUGCCAAGUUAACUCUCCUCCCUUUGGGGCAGGUGCCCCUGAACAGUUUCAGCUGCUAUUCUAGGGAUAUCACUGUUCAAUCUCAUCAAAGUGAAUGGGAGAACAACCUUGGUCACCUGACUGAUUAAGAAUGGACCAGGUUCAAUGUCUGAACUCUAAAUAUUGAUCCCAACCCGUUGCUCAAUCUUUUCACGUUUGGACUUCCAGAGAGGAGCAAGGCAUUUCGACCAGCUGCAAAAUGAAAGACAAAAAGGACAAAUAUGAUGAAGAGGCAAACUCAAAGGUGCAUUGUUUUGGAUAUCCCAUCAGUAUCUUCUUCAUCGUGGUCAAUGAAUUCUGUGAAAGGUUCUCCUACUAUGGAAUGCGAGCUGUGCUUGUCCUGUAUUUCCGCUAUUUUCUACGCUGGGAUGAAGAUCUUGCUACGGCUAUUUAUCAUACCUUUGUUGCUCUGUGUUACUUAACACCUAUCCUUGGAGCGAUCAUUGCUGACUCCUGGUUGGGAAAAUUCAAGACCAUCAUCUACCUGUCUAUUGUCUAUACAAUUGGACAGCUGGUGAUAUCAAUCAGUAGCAUUGCAGAUUUGUCGGAUGGUAACAACGAUGGACACCCAAAUAACCUAAGCCUUCAUGUAGCUUUGGCGAUGAUCGGUCUGAUUCUUAUUGCUUUUGGGACUGGUGGCAUCAAACCUUGUGUGUCAGCAUUUGGUGGAGAUCAGUUUGAAGACCAUCAGGAAAAGGAAAGGGGCAGAUUCUUCUCAAUUUUCUAUUUGUCAAUCAAUGCUGGAAGUCUCAUUUCUACAGUUGUUACUCCCAUCCUGAGAGGUCAAAAAUGCGGUCAUGUGCCCCAGGCGUGUUAUCCUCUGGCCUUUGGAGUUCCAGCAGCCUUAAUGGCAAUUGCCUUAAUUGUAUUUAUUGGAGGAAGCUCUUUGUACCAGAAGUCCACUCCCAAGGGGAAUGUUAUACUUCAAGUUUCCAAGUGCAUUUGGUUCGCUAUCAAAAACAGAUUCAGGCAUCGUAGCAAGCAAUAUGCCAAACGAGAGCAUUUUAUGGACUGGGCUUCAGAGAAGUAUGAUGAACGCUUGAUUGCACAGGUCAAGAUGGUGCUGAAAGUGUUAUUUCUGUAUCUCCCACUGCCUAUGUUCUGGGCUUUAUUUGACCAACAGGGCUCAAGAUGGACCUUUCAAGCCACCACAAUGAAUGGAAAUUUUGGAGGCAUUGACAUUCAACCUGAUCAAAUGCAGACAGUCAACCCAAUCCUGAUUCUGAUCUUGGUUCCACUUGUUGAUGCUGUCGUGUAUCCAUUGAUUGCUAAAUGCAAUUUCAACUUUACACCCCUGAGAAAGAUGACAGUCGGAAUGUUUCUUGCAGCCUUGGCAUUUGUUGCUGCGGCUUUGGUGCAGAUUCAAAUUGAUAAAACUCUUCCAACCUUCCCUACCAGUCAGCAAAGCCAAAUUAAAUUCCUGAACCUCGGCGUUUCAGCAGUCAAGGUAACACUGGACGGAGAUCCCAAGUCUCAUUCACUGAGCCCAUCAGAGGCAAGUGAAUAUAUCCUCAUGACAGGAAACAGUGGAAAGACUGCUUCUGUUCAGUAUGAAGGCAACACACAAAUGUUUUCAAUUGCAACUGGUAACGGAACUCGUCACACGCUCCUAAUGACAAACAUUCAGAACAUUGAAGUGGAAUUGCUCGACGAUAUUAAAGCAAAACCAGAGGAAGGGAAAAAUGCAAUCAGAUUUGUGACUGCACUGGCAAAUAUCACCAGCAUCACAAUGGAUGGCACUGAUCUUGGAAGUUUGAACAAAUUAUCUGCAUCAAAUUAUUCAUUGUUUUCUAGAGGAAAGAAAAAUAUCACAUAUACCAUAAAUGGAAAGAAAUGUUCGCAAAUGUCAAAGGAAUUUGGUUUUGGAAGCUCUUACACGAUCAUCAUUAAUGGAGAGUGUCCCACAGGAAAAGCUAACUUAAGGUACAUUGAAGACAUCAAACCAAACUCUGUUCAUAUGGCAUGGCAGAUUCCUCAGUACCUUCUUAUCACAAGUGGUGAAGUGGUUUUCUCCGUCACUGGUCUAGCAUUCGCCUACUCACAGGCACCUUCCAACAUGAAAUCAGUACUCCAGGCUGGUUGGCUUUUGACCAAUGCGGUUGGUAACAUUAUCGUGUUAAUAGUAGCAGAAGCUUCAACUAUUCAGGAGCAGUGGGCUGAGUACAUCUUAUUUGCCGCGCUGUUGAUAGCUGUUUGCAUAGUGUUCGCCACCAUGGCCUAUUUCUACACUUACGAGGAUCCGUUGGAGAUAGAGACUGGGCUUGCAGAGGAGGAAGCAGCAAAGAAGAAAGCAGAGGAAUUAGAGAAAGAGCCCACCUACGAGAAUGGAACUGUUCAAUCAAGUCUCUAAAACGUAGCAAACCGAACACUCUUAAAUUUAACCAGAUGUCACAUCGGCACAGAUGGAACUUACAGACUGAGAAUAACUCACCUUGAGUCAGCCGCUACCUCUGUAAGAGAUACGACGGGACACCUGCCUUGAUUUCCUGGUAUAAUAAAAGCAAAAUACGGUGGAUACUGGAAAUCUGAAAUUAAGAACAGAAACUGCUGAGUUUUUCCAGAAUUUUCUGGUUUUAUUUUAUCGAUCUCCUGGCAAUUGUGUUAGCCGUCCCUCACAGUGAACGUCUUUUUCCAUAUCCUUUCACAUAUACUAGCCAAUGUUUCAGUAUUAUAAAUAAACCUGGAAUAUGUUUGAGGAAAUAAAUAGUAAACACAUGGCACUGAAAUGGCCAUCGCAAUGUUCAGCAUUCUCAUAUUUUUUGAUGCCUGAUAUUCAACUUCACAACCCAAGAAUCAAAUGCUUACCAUUUCAUGUGAGACACAUUUACAAUUCUCAUUAUUUUUUUUUUAACCAAGAUAUUGUAAUUUUCAAGGAUAUAUUUGUUGUUGUUAAUUCUGAAUAUUAUUGCACAAACUUUAAAUAUCAAAGGGAAUUGAAAGGCUAGUGAUCUACCCACUCCCAAAAGUAUUUUAAUAGGCUGGACCAAACUUCUUUGAUGUCUUUUUUAAACUGGAUGCUGCCCUUUUUCAGACAGACUUUGCCACAGUAAAUAUCAGAAUAAAUAUCAGAAGACUGAGAGAUUCCAUUUGAAGCAAUCGGAAUGCUUGGUGAAGGAAGGAUUAUGUGGAUAAUGUAUUUUCCAGAGUCAUGAUUGUUGAAGAUGGUAUCAAAGUUAAUCAUAAAGAUAUGUAUAUAUGUGUA